GUGCCCAACAACGUUGGCCGUGGUUAUGUCCUUCGUCGGAUCCUUCGUCGUGGUUCACGCUAUGUCAGGAAGAAGCUUGGUGCACCCAUCGGCUCGUUUUUCUCCUCUUUGAUGCCCUUUGUGGAGACCAUGGGUGAUGCCUUCCCUGAGCUUACAAAGAAGCAAGGCGACAUCAAAGAGAUCCUUGACGAGGAGGAAGAGUCAUUCUCACGUACCCUUGAUCGGGGCGAGAAGCUCUUUGACCAAUACGCGACACGUACGAAAGAUCUGGGUGUCAAUGAGCUCAAUGGUGCAGACGUAUGGCGGCUGUAUGACACGUACGGGUUCCACGUCGACCUCACACGGCUCAUGGCGGCGGGGAACUCAUCUCAUCAUCAUCUGGUAUACCGGCGGAUGCAAACUUUGGCGUGCUCGAAUCGUAUUCGGGCAUCAUAA